GCUGGCUGGCGCGGAGCCGCCAGUCGGCGGCGCGGGGCCCGGCGGGCGCGGGCGCGGCGCUCCCUCCUCCCGCGGGGGACGAGCGAGGAGGUGGCGGCCGAGGGUCGGAGCCCAGCCCGGGCCGGAGCGCGCGGUGAGCGGCCGUGCAGCCCCGCGGGGAGGAGGCCGGCGGGCGCUUUGUUCCGGGGCUGGAGGUGUGGCCGGCGGUGUGGCCCUCUCGGCGCUCGCUCGCCCUGCUGCGCUGCACCCGGGCGCCCGGCUCUGGCUGUGCGUGGCCUCUGCCCCCGCCACCCGCCACAGCACAACGGUGUGCGGUGAAGUCGCUCGCCGCCCGGACCUCAGAGAAGGAGGGCCUGGCCACCGCUCAGACAGACUCCUUUGACUGUAGUCACCCCGGGGUUCCUCUGUUGCCCGGGUGUGGCUACCAGAAGCAUGGCUACCAGCGCUGUACCCAGUGACAACCUCCCCACGUAUAAACUAGUAGUAGUGGGAGAUGGAGGUGUGGGCAAGAGCGCCCUCACCAUCCAGUUUUUCCAGAAGAUCUUUGUGCCUGACUACGACCCCACCAUUGAAGACUCGUACCUGAAGCAUACGGAGAUUGACAAUCAGUGGGCCAUUUUGGAUGUUCUAGACACAGCAGGGCAGGAGGAGUUCAGUGCCAUGCGGGAACAGUACAUGCGCACUGGGGAUGGCUUCCUCAUCGUGUACUCAGUCACUGACAAGGCCAGCUUCGAGCAUGUGGACCGCUUCCACCAGCUGAUUCUGCGUGUCAAGGACAGGGAGUCGUUCCCAAUGAUCCUUGUGGCCAACAAGGUGGAUUUAAUGCACCUGAGGAAAAUCACCAGGGAGCAAGGAAAAGAAAUGGCAACCAAACACAAUAUCCCGUAUAUAGAAACCAGUGCCAAGGACCCGCCUCUCAACGUGGACAAAGCCUUCCAUGACCUCGUUAGAGUAAUUAGGGGUGCCAAGGUGGGCUGUGUCUUUACGCAUGAGCAACAAAUGCGUAGAUGGCUGUUAGCUGCAAGAGGAGAGCAUCGGAAUGUUCCUGCCCUUCCCAUCAGACACUCACUGAGUUCUGAGCCCCACAGACGUCACAGAGAACAUCAAAAUCACAGACUAGUGAAGACCAGUCACAUACGAGGCCCACUAAUUCCAUCGCUGUUAAAGAGUGAAGACGUCUCUCCUAGGUCUGUCUAAUCUAUAAAAGUAUGAGCCUCGUUCCCGCCACACACACACACACACACACACACACACAUACACGUGCAUUCACUUUUGAAGGCAAGAGGUCAAUGUCAGGCGUCCUCCUUGGUUGCUCUCCACUUUUUUAAAACGCGGUCUCUCACUGAACCUGCAGUGCGUCAGCUGGCGAGGCUGGGCUGGCCGGUAAGCUCCAGGGGUCCGACUCUGCCUCGCCAGUGCUGUGAGGACGGAUGUACGCUGCUCGCCCAGCUUUUGCCCAGAGGCUGGAACUCGGGUCCUCAUACAGACACUUUAUGCUGUCCCUCCUUCCAUCUCCAGAAGGACUGUUUGAAGAAACCGCUUCGGUUUCCUUCGAAGGGGUGGAGUGUCGAGGCCCCGGAUGUCACAGACAUCAACGUUGUCAUCGCCCUACAACUCUGACCUGCAGACCCAGGCCCUGUCACUAGGCCCUGAGUCAGAAUCUUCAUUUUGAACAAGAUCUCAGUGAUUCCGUGUACACAGUGACUUGAGCACCAUUGCCCUAGAAGAAGUUCAGCCCAGGUUCGCUGCCUCUGGACCAAGUUCCACCUCAUCCACUCAACCUGUGGGUCAUGACCCCUUUGGGGGUUGAGCAGCCCUUUCACAGGGGUCCUCUAAGACCAUCAGAAAACACAGGUAUUUGCAGUAUGAUUCAUAACAGUAGCAAAAUUACAGUUAUGAAGUAGCUGUGAAAAUAAUGUUAUGGUUGGGGUCACCACAAAUGAGGAACUGGAUUAAAGGGCCGCAGCAUUAGGAAGGUUGGGAAGCGUUGUGUUGGAGAAGACUUGGCUGUCAACAGCUGCGAGAGGCUGCCUAGCCACACCAUGAACUCAGAAGUGUCCUCCCAUAGGUGACACGUGCAACCAUUAAUCAGAGGAUGAUUUCACAUCAGUUAAAGGAUGAACGGGCUUCCAGGGUUUUGUUUUUUACUCUUGGGUUUUUCUUAAAAUGUAGGCAAUGCCAGCUGUGAUGGUGGACACCUUUAAUCCCAGCACUCAGGAGGCAUAAAUAUGCAGAAUACCUGUGAGUUUAGAGGCCAGCCUGGUCUAUACAGUGAGUUCCAGGCCAGUAAGAGCUGCUUAGUAAGACCUUAUCUUUAAAACAAACAAAAAAAAAAGCAAUGAUCUUGCAGAUAAAAUGGAAUCUCCCUAUCUGCCAUCUGGGCUGAGAAUUCUUGGGGCAUCUAAAUAAAGGGUAGAGCAUUCUAUGCAAGUGAGAGACUCGUUCCCAGGAUUUUCAUCUCUGUAGCUUCUGGGGCUCCAACAUCACGCCGAAUAACUAACAUCACUAUGCUCAGGUGAACAUUUAAGCAUAAAAAAGGGGGCUGAGUUCACAGUAAGCAAAGAACCUACAGUCUUUCAGUGCAGAGUGCAGCUGGCCACACUCAUGCAAAUCCUAUUUCUGUUUGGUUCUGAGACCGAUUGCUCGGGCCGACUAACAGAGGUAAGAUCCUGGAUAAGGGCAGUCAUGAUUCCCUGCCCUGUGGAAAGUCCAAGGUCCUCCCCCCUCAGUCCAAGGUCCUCCCCCCUCCGUCCAUGUCUAGGAAGGUGAACAUCCAAACUGGCUAGGCUCCCACCAAGCCGGAACAUGAGGUAGGAUCAAAACCCCUUGCCAUUGACCUUGGCUUCUCAUCAGUCCUCAUUGUUUGCCAUGAUCAGAGAGUCCGGUUUUAUCCCAUGCUUUUUCAGUCACAGUCCAGCUGGCCUUGGUGAGCUCCCAAUAGAUCAGCCCCCACUGUCUCAGUGGGUGGGUGCACCCCUCGUGGUCCUGACGUCCUUGCUCAUGUUCUCCCUCCAUCUGCUCCUCAUUGGGACCUUGGGAGCUCAGUCCAGUGCUCCAGUGUGGGUCUCUGUCUCUAUCUCCAUCCAUC